CAUGCCGGCCAAAGUGACAGAGAGUUUGUUUUGCAUCUCCAGCUGUUGAAGUAUUUGUCAGACGCUUGUUGUGUGCCAAAAAUUCAAUUGUCACGGAUUUGGAGUAAAUAUUCGUUCCUAAGCAAAAAAAGUCAUGGGAAGAGAGUGCAUAGUUACGACUUGUUCGGGUCGGUGCCCGAAGUAUUGCACUUUGCCAAGUGAUAAAAAUAUACGAGAGGCGUGGCUAACGAUUCUGGAACGAAGAGAUUUAUUAUAUAGCCAGAGACUUCACUAUGUUUGUUAUCUGCAUUUUCGGCCGGAAAUGUUCAUUGGCAAAAAAGUAUUACCCACGGCAAUCCCUUUCCUCGACAAAUCAAUGAAAACCGAUUCAGCACCAGAAGAACUGAACGAUGAAGGCUACCCAGUAGACCCAAGUGACAUUCGCUCAAUGCAAAUACUGUGGGCACAAAGGAAGAAACAGAGUAUCAAAGCUAAAAGUCGAUGUCGGAGCAUUCGAAUUGUACUUGAAAAGCAGGACGCAAGAAUAAAAGAUCUACAGGAGCAAAUUGCCCAAUUACGGUACAAAAGAAAAAACAAAUUGUUUGACUGGUCAAAUGUAGAAGCAGCUCACUUAAUAAGCAAAAUAUUCGAAAAAUGCGAGCCAAUAAGUUCUGUUCAAAAUCAAAACUCGGAUAACAAUAAACCUGAAGCAAGUACAGAAACGACUGAUCUACCCAACAAACCUAGUAAUAGUUGUAGUAAUUCCAACUCGUUGACUGAUAUCGCCAGCGGAAAUGAAGAGAUGUCCCUAACUUCGCAAACAGAUACAUCAAAGUGUUUAUACACGAUGGAUUUCCAUCGAUUCGCCGUAACCUUGUUUUUCUUUUCACCUAAAACCUAUUUCCUCCUCAGCAAUAUGUUCCAAUCUAUCUUCCCCAAUCGAAGUUACAUCCACCAAUGGGUCAGUGCUGGACAUAUGGAGAAGCUAUUUCCUCGCGGAAUAAAUCAUAAAGAAUUUAAAUAAAAUGUCGAUUUAAUUAUUACGUAGUAAUGGAUUUUAACCAGUUGUUUAUAGGUAAAUGGAAUUAUAUUAAAAACAAAGAUCUAUUCUUUAAAAACAAAUACAGUAUCUAAAAGUGCAUUGAGUAAGUCAUUGUUUAGUCGGA